CCAAAUAUUGAAUAUAGAUUAGAAUUGUGUCAAUGGAUCUGAAGAUUUUAUUGAUAGUCGUCGGCUGGGAGUGGCGGUCAUAGUUUACCAUUUGGUUCCCAACUCCACGGCCUAUUUCGAUCCUUCCUCUCCGAGAAUCCUUCAGCCAUAUGUAAAUUGUUGGAUCUGGAUCCAGAGGAGAACGACUCAAAAAAUGCAGAGUAUUUAAUCACAGAGGCACUUGAAGCACAGAAUGAUGAAUUAAUUGUGGCCUACCGAAACAAUAUAAAGUAUAAGGCAAGGUUACAUCCCCAUAAGGGGACGAUGAGUCAUCCGCCACUUGAGCUGACAGGAUUUCGAUAUCAUGCGGUUAUCCCGGCGAGUAAGUCUGUGAGCGAUCUAAGAUUCCAACGCGACAUUGUUCCCAAUAACUUACAGUUAGAACCAUAUGAUAUCGAGGUUGAAAUUCAUGCCAGAAGUUUGAAUUUUCGGGAUAUCUUUGCGAUAAUUAAACCUACUUCAGAGUUUGAAAAAGUUAAUUCUAUCGGGGUUGACUUUUCUGGAGUUGUUGUUUGGGUUGGCAGUGACGUAACCAGCCGAAAGAUAGGGGAUGCAGUUUUUGGAUGCAAGUACCACGGACAACCACUUUCGUCGCAUGAAAUUUUGCAGGAAUUCUGCACUACCCCUCUACCAAAUAAUAUAACAUUUGAACAAGGAGCAUCAUUACCAGUCAUAUGGGUUACGGCGCAACAUUGUCUAGCUGUAGUUGGGAAAUUACAGUCAGGGCAAAGUAUACUGAUCCAUACGGCAUCAGGUGGUGUUGGUUUAAGCGCAAUUCAGGUGGCUCGGCGAAUUGGCGCAACCAUAUAUUGUACAGAUGGAACUGCAAAAAAACGCAGAUACCUUAAACACAUUGGGAUUGAACAUGUGUUCAACUCCAGGCAAGUGAAUAUUUGA